GCAAGACAUCUGGCAGCAGCACUGUGAUGAGAUGAUUCCUCGGCAUAAAAAGUAUUUUUGCUUGACAAUCAGUGUAUUUUUGUUUGUUUCGGGUGUCAGUGCAUCAGUGAUAAAAGAAGCCUUAGAAGAUCACCUGAAGGAUGUCGCACAUAAGGAAGGCGCGGAAUCGGUCAAGCAUGAAAAGCAGAGAGGCGAAAAAAUACAUCAAAUUGAAAGCCAAGUGAACGAUAGCCACAAGAACCAGUACGCUAAAGCUACAGAUGAAGGGAAAUACCUGAAGAAGGACCACGACUCGAAGUCUGCCUCGGAAAGUGAUGCCUAUGAAGGAUACAAUGCUCAGCAAGACAAAGCCGAGGACAGCCAAGCAGGUGGUUAUAAACGAGGACAUAAAAAGGGACAUCAUAAACAAGGUUUCCAGAACUCAUAUCACAAAGACGAAUCCUCUAAUAAGAGCACAUUCUUUGAUGACUUCAAUGAUGAAGGUGACCAGGCAGCGUAUAAUAGUCGUUUAAAUAGCCACGACAACCAGGGAGGCAGGAGAUAUAAAGGAGCUCACAAUAACGGGCAAGAACAUGUGAGAGAUAAUUAUUAUGGCGGAGGUUACAAUAGGCAAGGGGAUAAUGGUGUUAAGCACGUCGGUCAUCAAGAUUAUGGUAAAAAGUAUUAUCUGAAUGAUGAUGAACAUUACAACAAAUACAAGAAUGGUCAUGAUAAAUAUAAUAGAGAUCGAUACUAUGAUAGGCAAGAGCAUCGGGCACCUCCUCCAGUUCAUCAUGACCCAGGAUGGAAAGGUUGGGAGAGGGACCCUGGAUGGAAUCAGCGAGGUUGGGAGAGAGAUCCCGGAUGGGAGAGGGACCCAGGGUGGCAGAGAGAUCCAGGGUGGCAGAGGGAUCCAGGGUGGGAGAGAGACCCAGGGUGGCAAAGGGACCCAGGAUGGGGCAGAGACUACGGCGGUCCAGGAUAUUACGAUGACCAUGGGAUUCGCCAUGACGGUGGUUAUGGAUAUGGCCCGCAUCACGGUUAUGGUUAUGGUUACGAUGAAUCUCGAGCUAGUCCAGUGGCUGAAAUACCUAAAAACGCUCCAGUCGUUGCUCAAAGGAAACAAACUAUUACUAUUUAUGAAGAUCCAAGAUAUGACGGCAAAGAUAAGGGACAGUUGAGGCGUGAAGAAGGAGACUAUCUUCAGUUAGAAUUCAAACCUAGCACUCAUCGUUAUGCUAGUUAUGACAAUACUUAUUAUAGUGCUCCAACAAAAGAUAGAGCCAUGGAAUCAAGUAAAAUUAAUAGGCUCGUUUAUAACUACAGGCGACAGUAA